AUGGGAGAAAUAGAAGAAAAAGAAAGAGAGCUGAGAGAGGCUCUAAUGAGAGAAGACAAAGAGAUACUUGCAGAGCUCGGAAAGUAUUUGGAGGCUGUAGUGGGGCAGAUAGAGAGCAAGGAGGCCAAUCCAGACACUCUCGAGCAGGAGAUAGCAGCAGAAAAAAAUAUGCACAGAAAAGCGUCUGAGAUCUUCGAGAAAGCCAAACAGAAAGAGCACACAGAAGAAGAAGUAAACGAGCUGGUAGAAAUAGCAAAUAAUCUGCUGAAGCUGCACCAGAGAUAA